UCCCCGGUGAGAUCUCAUUACCAGGCCAGUGGCCGUGGGUAGUUGCAAUCUACGUUACUAGAAAGAUACAGUUUGAGAUAAACUACUAGUUUCAAUGUGGUGGGGUACUCUAUUAACAAACAGACAUGUAUUAACAGCGGGGCACUGCAUGAAAGUACACUCGAGUGACAACACUACACUACACUCCAAUAUGUUAGAAGUGAUAAUGGGGCGAUUUAACUUGGACGAUUUGCGCGGAAAUGGAUCUGCCAAUCGGGAAGUCGCGAGCUACGUGAUUCAUCCCGAUUGUGCUCACUAUCUCAAAGCUACUUCCGAUUUCGCGGUUUUGACCCUCAAGAAAGUCGUCGAGUUCAAUCCUCUUAUCAAGCCUAUUUGUCUAUGGUCCGGUUUAACUCAACUUGAAGACGUCAUUAGUAGGACAGGAUACGUUGUAGGAUGGGGUGAAGAUGCGUUGAAUCGUCGUGAUGUCAACGAUCAACGGAUGGUGAGGGCGACGAUAGUGAGUCACGGUACCUGUCUCUGGUCUGAUGCUAGAUACUUUAGUUUCGUAUCGGAUAACACCUUUUGCGCUGGCAACUUAGACGGAUUUACUCCUUGUAACGGUGACAGUGGAAACGGGCUGAUACUUUUGAAUAAUAUCACGGGCAGUUAUGAAUUGCGUGGUGUUGUUUCGCGAACUGUACUAGGUGAAACUAUGCAAUGCGAUCCACAAAAAUACGUCGUUUAUGUUGAUGUGGCCAAAUACAUACCCUGGAUUCAACGACAUAUUUCGACGUAACGUUCGUCUUGCGUUGCAAAAUGCUAUACAUGUUAAUCGAUAUGCUUCUUUAUGUAAAGUUUAUUCGAAGACGCCAUACAUAUGUACAGUUACGCGUGAGGAUUAAACAAUCAUGAAUUCUGUUUUUGGUUAUUCAUGUCUCUUGUAAUGUGUUUCCAAUCCGAAUACGAAACAUAAUGAAUAAGCUACCAUACAUAUAACUAUCUAUCAUAUUGGACUUCUUAAUUAUGAAGAAUAUUAUAAUCAUGACACAUGUUACAAUAUGUAUAUCGAUACACACAUUCAAUACUUGGGAAAUAUGGAGAAAAUGUUUUUACUCGCAUGUAUGUUACAUUUGUAAGAGUUUAAACUUCACCCUUCUCCCUCCACGCCCGUAGUCUGCGGUUUCUUUUCUUUUUUCUAGGGAGGAUCAAUUAGGAAGGGUGUUCAGUAUCAACACGAACAGUAUUCGUGUUCGUGCUGUCUUUUCGCGUAAUGAAUAGAUUGUGUUAUUCGUAAAUGUAUUGGUUUAUUCGGUCUUUAAAAUACGCCACAAUUUCACAGUGUCUCGCACUCGCGAUAGAGAUGUCCGCGACGACGUCUCGGGGCUGUUACCCUGGGUCGCGGACGAUUCGCAUGUACGCACUUAAAGUUUACUUAUCGUUUGUCGUACCGAUAAGUUAU